UAUACCAUGUUGCAUUGAGUAUCCAACUAGCUGUAUUUGUUCCUGGGAAACAUAGUUAUUUAAACAAAAAUUACUGUAAACAUCAUUUAUUUGACAAGGUUUCAGUCUUUCCCUGCAUCCUAAUAUAGGGGUAAGGUUAAAGUGGAUCUGAAGUCACAUUGUUAUUUUUUGUAUUGAUCUACUACUACCUUGUCAAUUGUUUUCAUUUUCUAAAUUUUUAGGGACUUCCAAUGUUCUACAUGGGCGAUGAAUAUGGUCACACAAAGGGAGGGAACAACAAUACGUACUGCCAUGACCAUUAUGUCAAUUAUUUCCGUUGGGAUAAGAAGGAAGAAUAAUCCUCUAAUUUGUACAGAUUCUGCCGUCUCAUGACCAAAUUCCGCAAGGAAUGUGAAUCUCUUGGCCUUGAGGACUUCCCGACUUCAGAACGGUUGCGAUGGCACGGUCAUCAGCCCGGGAAGCCUGACUGGUCAGAGGCAAGCCGAUUCGUUGCCUUCACCAUGAAGGACGAAACCAAAGGCGAGAUCUACGUGGCCUUCAACACCAGUCACCUGCUGGUGGUCGUCGGGCUUCCAGAGUGCUCUGGGUUCCGAUGGGAGCCGGUGGUGGACACCGGCAAGGAGGCACCAUAUGACUUCCUCACCGAUGGCCUGCCAGAUCGUGCUGUCACCGUCUACCAGUUCUCUCAUUUCCUCAACUCUAAUCUCUAUCCUAUGCUCAGCUACUCCUCCAUCAUCAUUGUAUUGCGCCCUGAUGUCUGAAAGAAGCGGAUACAAUAGAGUAUUCUGUAGCGGU